AUGGCUAAUGCUAAGUUCGGUUCCUCCUUUUCUUGUUCCGCGGCUUCUCUUUCUUCUUCUCCUUUCCAACGCAUGAGAAGUGCCCAGUUGAGCUUAUCACAAGGAUUGUUCGUCAACCAGCUAAAUGUGGCUCAGUUGCAAAUGUACACUAAAGACAAAUCAUGCCAGCUUAGGUUUAUGCAUGGAAUGCCUAAUUUCAAGGGAAGGUUACAAAAACAGCAUAAUGCCCUUUUUGUUGUCUCUGAGGAUCAGUCACAAUAUUGUGAACUUGAAACAACUACUUUAGUGCCAGAAAACAUUGAUAUUGUUGCAGAAGACAUCUCUCCUCCAAGCAACUCAUAUUUUCAUUUAUCAGGGAGUGAUGGAAAGUCAGGUUUAAUAUCAUUUUAUAACCGACCUUACAGAAAAGAGAGUACGAUCCUUUUAUCAAAUCCAGAGAGAAGUCAAAACAGCAUAUUAUGGUUUCUGGGCCCUGCAGUCCUCGUUGCUUCCUUCAUUUUUCCUUCACUCUAUUUACGCAAAGUGCUUUCCAUCAUUUUUGAGGACUCUUUGUUAACAGAUUUUCUCAUAUUAUUCUUCACAGAAGCAAUUUUCUAUUCUGGUGUUGCCGUAUUCCUUUUUCUACUGGAUCAUUUAAGAAGAGCCAUGCUACUGGAUACUGCUGCAAACAAUAGUGAUACUCCACCCCCACAGUUGGGACAGAGAGUCUCCUCUGUUGCUACUCUGGUGCUUAGUCUAGUAAUUCCAAUGGUAACUAUGGGUUUGGUCUGGCCAUGGACUGGCCCUGCAGCCUCUGCAACUCUUGCGCCAUACCUUGUCGGUAUAGUUGUCCAAUUUGCAUUUGAGCAGUACGCUAGAUAUCGAAAGUCUCCUUCCCGGUCUGCUAUUCCAUUAAUCUUUCAAGUGUACAGGCUUCACCAACUAAAUAGAGCAGCACAACUGGUGACAGCUUUAUCAUUUACAGUAAGAGGUGCUGAAAUGACCUCACACAACAUGGCUAUAAACAGCUCAUUGGGUACCCUUCUUAAUGUCCUACAAUUCCUUGGUGUGGUUUGCAUUUGGUCCCUCUCUAGCUUCCUCAUGAGAUUUAUCCCUUAUGCUUCCACAACUAUGCAGUAA